GGCUUCCCCCUAGAAACUCAUCACGUGCUGACGUACGACGGCUAUAUCCUCAAUUGCUUUCGUAUUCCGUACGGCAGGGCGGGCCCUGGCACUGCCAAGCGCCCGCCCGUCCUGCUCAUCCACGGUAUCUCGCUCGCCAGCACCAGCUGGGUUGUCAACGGUCCGGACGAGAGCCUCGCCUUCUUCCUGGCAGACCGGGGCUACGACGUCUGGUUGGCGAAUACCCGGGGAAAUAUCUUUUCACGGGAACACGUCCGUUACAGUGACAAGCAGACCGAGUUCUGGAACUUCGCACUUGACGAGAUGGCUGAGAUUGACCUGCCCGUUAUCAUCCACUACAUGAAGAAUGUGACGGGCAUGCCCAAGGUGGGAAUCGUGGGCCAUAGCCAGGGCUGCACCAUCCCCCUGAUGACGCUGAGCUCCCAGACCAACCUAACGGACAGCGUGGGAGUGGUAAUUUCGCUGGGGCCAAGUGUGUUCAUCACCAACAUGAAAGUGGGAAUCCCAAUCGCUUAUUCUCUCAUAGUAAAUGUAAGUGGCGGGACUUGGUGCGGGAGGCAGAGUGGCAGGGCGAGUCGCGGACAGGCGUCGGAGGGCUGA